GUCCUGCGUGCAACAGGACUGAUGAUCAGCAGGGACGCAUUCGUUUAGUCUUGUGUGCGCUGGAGGCGAAGGUGAACCAGGGAGGGAGUUUGGAGGAAGAGGAGGGGCUAGGUGGCUAACCGGCGGCUGGAGAAGCGCGGCGGAGGAGAGGCGGGAUGCUGCAGCGGGCGGCGAGCAACGCCUACUCGUGGUGGUGGGCGAGCCACAUCCGCACCAGGCAGUCCAAAUGGCUCGACAGCAACCUCCAAGAUAUGGAAGACAGGGUCAAGUGCAUCCUCUUACUCCUGGGAGAGGAAGCAGAUUCUUUUGCAAAGAGGGCGGAAAUGUAUUACAAGAGGCGACCAGAGGUGAUCAGCUCCGUGGAAGAAGCGUACCGGGCAUACAGAGCCCUUGCAGAACGCUAUGACCACAUGUCAGGAGAGCUACACAAAGCAAACCACACUGUUGCAACUGCCUUCCCUGACCAGGUUCAGUAUUCUAUGCUGGAAGAGGACGAUGACAGUCUCCCGAAGGCGUUCACGACGGUUGAUCCUCGUAAAAUCCACAAGUCAACGGUGGAAGGGCUGAUGAAUAAGAAGAAAGGAGGGAAGCCAGGACUGAAGGACGGAGGAAAGAGUCGUGCAGCACCGGCCAACAAGGAGAAUGCGCAAAAGGAGAUCAGCAGGAUGCAGAAAGAGAUAUUGGUGCUGCAGACUGAGAAAGAGUUCAUCAAGAGCUCUUACGAGAGUGGAAUCGCAAAGUACUGGGAUCUUGAAAAGCAAAUCAACGACAUGCAUGAAGAAGUCUGCUACUUCCAGGAGGAGUUCAACGAAAGCGUGGUGAUCGAAGAUGAUGAGGCCAGAGCUUUGAUGACAGCAACUGCUCUUAAAUCUUGUGAAGACGCCAUCGCCAGAUUGCGGGAACAGCAGAGGUUAUCGUUCAGCCAAGCAAUGGUUGAGCUGGAAAGGGCCAGUGUUUCCAGAGAGAAACUGAAGAAUAUCAUGAAAGAGCAUGGUAAGUUCAUAUCAGAUUCAGGAAACUCUCAUUACGAGAAUGUGAGAAACGAUGCCAGCGUUAAGAUGGAUGAUCUGUACCCUAUGAAGCAGGAGAAAAUUGGAAUGGAAGCAAUAGUAGAUAAGAUCAAGGAAUACUUUCAGAAAGACACUGAUAUUUCUGUGGCAGAGAUUGCAGAGAGAAUUGAUGACAUGGUCAAUAAAGUUGUGGACUUGGAACUCAUGGUUUCAUCACAGACUGCUAAGAUAGAUAGGCUGUGUCUGGAAAACACAGAGCUGGAGAUGUCACUGCAGGAACUGGAGGGAGAGAAGGCUAUAGCAACCAGUGGCUCAAAUGAAUUGAAUGACAAGCUAGAGAAGGCAGAAGAUGAGCUGAUGAGAGUGCAGUACCUUGAAAGCUCCUUCCAUGCAGAAGAAAGCAUAGUCCAUUCGAAUUUCACUGAAACGGCAAGUAGCUUCUGUUGUAUUACAGACUUGUUGCAGUCACCUCCUGUUGAGCACCAAGGUGGUUCUGUGCCCAUGCUGACUCAUGAAGCGGCACCCAUUGCUGACACUGAAUCAUCUGAUGAGUGCGAGAAAACAGAACCUGAAGAAGAUCCUCAGAUGGAUAAAGCUACAAUAAAGCCUGACAUAGAUGAACUCCCUGAUUGUUCCAGUAAACUGGAGCUAGCUACGGUCAGUGAUAACUGUCACCAUGACAUCAAGGAAGAAAGGCAAUACUGCGCAGAUGAUUUGGAGGAUUUGUGGGAUUGCGGGCUUGAAAGAAAGUCCAGCUUUGCAGUUGCAUCUGUAAAUAAGGAAACAGCAGAAAAUGUUAUUACAGAUAUGUUGCACUCACCUCUCACUGAGCACCAAGCUGGUUGUGUGCCCACACUGGCUGAUGAAGCAACACCAUCCGCUGACACCGAACCAUCUGGCGAGUAUGAGAAAAUAAAACCAGAAGAAGAUCCUCUGAUGAAUAAAGCUACAAGAAAGCCUGACAUAGAUGGACUCCCUGAUUGUUCCAGUAAGUUAGAGCUAGCUACAGUCAAUGAUAACUCUCACCAGUCUAACUGUUACAAUGACAUUAAGGCAGAAAGGCAUGACUGCACAGAUAAUUUGGAGGAUUUAUGGGAUUGUGGGUUUGAAAGAAAUGCUAGCUUUGCAGUUGCAUCGGUGAAUAAGGAAACAGCUGAAAAUCCAGACAAUGAUACUACAGAUAUGUUGCAGUCACCUCUCACUGAGCACCAAGCUGGUUAUAUGCCCACAAUGACUGAUGAAGCAACACCACCCGCUGACACUGAACCAUCUGGCGAGUGUGAGAAAAUAAAACCAGAGGAAGAUAAUCAGAUGGAUAACAAUACACAAAAGCUUCACAUAGAUGGAUUUCUGGACUGGUGUGGUAAGUCAGAGAUAGCUAUCAUCAGUGCUGAUUCAGAGGAUUUCGGUAAAUCUAGCUUUGCAGCUGCAUCAGUAGAUAAUGGCACAGCAGCAAAUGCAGAUAACAGUACAUCUGGUGAACAUAACAAUACAGAAGUGAAAUAUAAUCAUGGAGCCAUUGGCAGCAACAUGCAACCAUAUGUUGUACAUUCCCAUGAGCAAGGUUCAGUAGAUCGAUUGCAUCAAAAUUCACCUGAAGUCUCAUGGGAUCACGACCUAGAACAAGUGGAUGGCAAGCAAGAUUCAUUGACAGUGGUUCAUAGCACUUUCGGAGGCCACUCAGAACAAUAUAUGAACAUAGAAGAACGGUUACAAUACUCGCAUUUCACUGAAACUUUCGCUCCUGGCAAUGGGAAAGCUGUUGGUGUUGGAGAUCAAGAGAACAACAUGGCUAAUAUGCAGCAGUUGCUUAUGAGUGGACUCCAAGACAAGGAAAUGGUACUAUUAACCGAGUGCAAGAAAAAAGAAUCAGAACAAGAUCCUCAGAUGGAUAAAGCUACAAGGAAGCCUGAAAUAUAUGGAUUCCCUGAUUGUCCCAGUAACUUGGAGCUAGGAAACAACAGUGACAACAGGCAGCCAUCUAACAGUUACCAUGAAAUUAUGGCAGAAAAGCAUGACAGUGCAGGUGAUUCAGAGGAUUUGUGGUAUUGUGGGCUAGAAAGGAAGUCUAGCUUUGCAGCUGCAACCGUAAAUAAGGAAAAGGCAGAAAAUGCAGACAAUGAUGCAUUUGGUGAGCAUAAAAAUAAAGGAGUGAAAUAUGUUCAUGACAUUGUUAGCGACAAUGGCAGCAGCAUGCAACCCUAUGUUUUUCAUUCCCAUGAGCAGGGAUUAGUAGAGCGAUUGUAUCAUGUUUCAUCUGAAGUCCCAGCAGAUCAUCAUGUGAAGUCAGAGGACGACAAGCAAGAUUCAUCAACAUCUUGUCAUAGCAUUUCCAAAGGCCACUCAGAACAAGAGAUGAAGAAAGCAGAAGAGUCAGAAGACGCACCUACCACUGAAAAUUCAAUUCCUGGCAGUGAAAAGGCUGUUGUUGUUAGAGAUCAAGAGGAGAACAUGGCUAAUCUGCAGAAAUUGCUUAUGAGUGGACUCCAAGACAAGGAAAAGGUACUACUGACCGAGUACACUUCUAUCCUCCGAAAUUACAAAAAUGCAAAGAGAAGGCUUACAGAAGUGGAGAUAAAGAAUCAGGAAUGUUUGGAUGAGAUGAAAGCCAUGAUGAGCGAACUGCGCUCUGCCAAUGAAUUGAAGGACAAGGAGAUUCGGUCACUGCGUGAACUCCUGAACUCUUCCACUGACAAAGAUGCACAGCACAAUGGCCAUCAUCAAAUGAAUACAUACACGUCCUUGAGUAUCAAGAGUGGGUCCUUCAGGGGGCACCGAAGGAUCCCAAGCUUUUUGCCUGGUCAUCAAAGGAGACAAAGCGCUUCUUCGAGUUUGAGGAUAAUCAUGAAUAAUUCUAGUCCCAAGAACAAAGAUGAUGCAUCACAUGAUGCUGUUUUCGAGCCAGAAAGAAUCGGUAUGGGUGACAUCAAAUUAACUAAUAUUCUUGAGAUGCAGAAUGCCUCACCUCUUGAGGACAAGUUCAGAAGAGACAUCGAUGGGCUUUUGGAGGAGAACCUAGAGUUCUGGAUGAAGUUCAGCACAUCAUUCGAAAAGAUUCUAGAAUUGCAGACCAAGCAUGAUCAGCUGCAAUCAGAGAUUGGCAAGCAAACAAACGAGGACAAGCUCAAGGAAAACAGCGGUGGCACAAGUGAUCCCCUUGCAAAAGCUGAACCCGAAACCAUAGAGAAGCGGCUAAGGGAACUUAAGAUUGAAAUGCAAGUAUGGCUGGAACAGAACGCUAUGUUCAAAGGGGAGCUCCAGUGCAGGUUUGCUUCCCUCUGCGGUAUACAAGAGGAAAUCCAGGCAGCAAUGGAGAUGGAUGCAGAGACUGUGGAAGGAAUUCAAUUCACUUCAUACCAUGCUGCCAAAUUCCAAGGGGAGAUCUUGAGCAUGAAGCAGGAGAACGACAAGGUUGAGGAUGAACUGCAGGCCGGCUUAGAUUAUAUAAGAGGGCUACAAGAAGAAAUCGAAAAGAUCCUGGCAAAGAUACUGAAGAGCACUAGCUUAUCUGGGUCGAAAGGCAGCAGCCCUUGGAGGAAUGCGCCCUCUAAGUCACGAGUGCCGCUCCGGUCAUUCCUCUUCCCAGCCAAGAAAAAGAAACCAUCGCUGUUGGCAUGCAUGAAUCCAGCACUGCAGAAGCAGUACAGUGACAUGGCAUUCUUCGCUAAAAUGGAAUAGGUAAUCAGGCCUUCAGGAUGGAACCAAAUUCAUCACACACGGAGCCAGAUGAACUGUGAGGCAAAUAUGAUUAUCAGGUUGUAUCAGGCAGCUUCGUUCGGCUAAUUACAAGCCUCCCACAACAUAUUUAAGGGAGAAACUAGGGUUCACAUUUAGCUAUUUCUUUUCAGGGGACAUACAUAUAUAUACUUUUGUCAAUAAUUUUUUCAUGCACUAUGGCAGUGAAUUUCUCAUUAUUUUAGCUACAAAAGGCAGGAAUUUUAUCUGUGUGAUUUAUGAGAUGAGCUGCACGAUUGGUUUGAGCCUGCC